AUGGCAUACAAUGAUGACGCCGUGCUCGCGCGGCUUUCUGCGCUAAACGAGAGCCAUGACAGUAUUGCAACAGCUGCGCAAUGGAUCAUGUUUCACAAACGGCACGCUGAUCGCACCGUUGCGCUUUGGAUGCAGCGAUUGAAGGAUUCGUCCGCAACCAGAAGGCUUAGUCUCAUCUAUCUCGCAAAUGAAGUCGCGCAACAGUCACGAAUCCGGCGAAAAGAAGACUUCAUAAUUGCCUUCUCGCCCAUAAUCGCUGAAGCUACAGCACUUGCGUACAAAGGCGCCCCGACCGAGAUACACGGAAAACUGCGGCGCGUGAUUGAUGUAUGGAAAGAUCGAAAUAUUUUCGAAGCCCCCAUACAAAAUGCCAUCGAAUCACGCCUAGACGAGCUAGACAAAGCCAAAGGGACGCCUCGACCAGGGUUUGGGAACUCGCCAUUCACUUCGAAUUCCGCAGCAGUACCACCGCCUGAAUUUGCACCACUUAUCUCGAGUCUCCAGAAGGUCCAAAAGCUAAGUGCGCCGCUCAUAUCUGCGCUCGAGUCCGCGAACCAAGAAUACGAAAAGCAGACAGACCCGUCUACUGCCGUACCGUCAGCGCCAGUUUUUGCGGCGCGCCUCAAUGGCCUCCUAAAGACACUAUCCAAUGCAGAGACAGCGACCAGCGAGAGCUUCACAGCCCGGAAGAGCUUUGUCGCUGGCCUAGAGACGAUGCUUCAGGAGCAGAAAACCGAGCUAGAGACAGAACGCGCAGCGCUCUCGCAGCUAUCAGCCAGGAAGACAGAAAUCGAAGAGAAGAAACAACAAGUAGAGUUAGCUAUCAUGCGAGCGCUUGGACCGGCCGAUGGCAAUGGACCGCACCCGGACGGAGAGGAGGGAGCGCUGGCACAGGAACCAGGCCGCCCAGAAAUGGAAGCUCUCACACCCCCGGCGAUGGAGGAAUUUACACCUCCACAUCCAGAGCCGGAGCCUCUGAGCCCAAUUGGCGAGAAAGAAACCCAAAACCAAGCAGACGAGGUCUCGAUGGGCGUUACAUCACACUCAGUCACUAUAUCUUCCAAUGGCUCAAACAAAAGACGGAGGGUCGAUGACGACAGCGAAAUUCUAGACAUAGGAGCAGACGAUGGCAUAGACGAAGACGUCGCUAAGAUGCUCAAAGGCGAAGAAGGGUCACAGUAG